UCAUGUAUUCGAUUCUAUGUAUACUCUUAUUGUUGCGUACUUCAUGUAUCUCAUAGUGUAGUGUGUUAGGGGACGAUCCAAGAUGGCGCUUGCUGCCAAAACUGCGAGAUUUGCUCUGGGAAGAACUAUCAUAGAUGCACAAUUCUUAGCCGACAGUGUAAUUUUUAUGAACAAUGACAUUAUUGCAGUAAAUAAACCAUAUGGGGUGCCAGUUCACUCGGGUCCUGGUGUAAAGAUUUGUAUAAUGGACAUGCUUGAUGAGUUUACAGAAAUCAAAAAAUUGAAACAAAGACCAGAGCUUGCACAUCGAAUUGAUAAGGACUGCAGUGGAAUUCUGUUAUUCACAAGGUCGGCAAGCGCAGCCAGCAAGGUAGCCGAAAUGUUCUCCAACAGAACGAUUAGUAAACAUUACUGGGCUAUAACUGUUGGAAUACCAACAUUUGAAGAAGGAGAAAUCAAUAUUCCCAUUGGCGAGGCCAAACUUCUUGGAGGAUAUCGCAUUGUUACCAGACCAGAUCUGAGCUCAAAGUCUUCAGAAUUGUUAAGUGCCGCUGGCUUCAAAACUGCGAAAACAAAAUUUAAAAUUUUGGACAUAAAUCAGAGCACAUGUGCUCUUUUACAACUAGAGCCAAUCACAGGAUUAAAGCAACAAAUCAGAGUACAUACAGCAGAAGGACUGAAAUGCCCAAUACUGGGUGAUCACAAGUUCUCUUCUGAUGUGCGGCAGCCUCAGGUGUUACCUCUACGUUUACUUCAGCUUCUUCAGAUUAAAGGUGUAAAGGACAAAACAGAUCCCAAAGCAAAAGGAAAAAUCAGACCAUGGCAAAGAGCACUCAUUCCUCUCCAUCUACAUGCACGGCAGUUAACUUUACCAAAGUUGUAUCAUGGAAAAGAUAUUAUAAUAAAGGCACCUCUGCCUGAAUAUUUUGAAGAGACUCUUCAAAAGUUAAAUCUUCAUCCGAAGAGAAAGAACAUGACACAUUGCAAGGAUCUGAUAGAGUAUUACAGACUGAAAGAGUUAGAACGUAAAUAAACUAGUGUAAUUUUAAUAGUGAAGUGUUUGGUAAAAUGAGGGUACGUGUAACCAAGUUUGUAAAAAGGUAAAAUUUUUAUCAUAACUCUGGAGAAAAUCUUCAAACAGGUUGUCUGAUAAAAACACAUAUUUCAAGGAACUUCGUACGUCAGUCUUAUUUUAGUUCUUCCUAUAUUUUUUUGGCAAUGUAUGAUUAGGGUUCACAAUUCAUAAAUAACACUCAGAUUUUUGAAAUCUGCAUUGUAAACGGUAUAAGGAACCCACUUUUGAGUAUAUUAUUAUAUGGCUGUCUCUCAGGGACUGGGAACUACCAAAUUCACAAACCUGAUUGGCUGGAAUCGAUAUUGAACAUGGUCUAGAUUUUCCCAUCUAGACCAGCAUCUAGACCGGUUACAUUCUGUGGUAAAAAGUUGCAAACUAAAAUACAA